CGAUUUGGUUUCGAACGGGCAAAUUUUUCGUAUAAAUUCGAGGGUUUGCCAUUGCGAAGGUAUCAGUCUUCAUUUGCAGACCGAACUAAUUACAACGACAUCAUCAUGUUCAAGUUAGUAGUUCUCGCAGCUCUCUUCGCCUUUGUCGCCGCCAAACCCAGCGUGGUCCACACGGCCUUACCAGUCGUCGCCCAUGCCACCAUCGAGCACACCGCUCCCGUCCAGCACACCAUCUCCGAACAAUCGGCGUUCAUCACCCACCGUGCGCCCUCGACCCACAUCACAUCCGUAACUCACGCAGCCGCCCCGAUCGUAGCACACGCCGCCCCGGUCGUGUCGCACGUUGCCGCUCCCGCCGUCGUCGGAUACAGCCACUUGGGUUAUGCUGGCCACUUGGGAUACGCUGGCCAUUUAGGAUACGCUGCCGCUCCAUUGGCGCAUUACGGAUAUGCUUGGUAAAAAUGUUGUACUGAUCAAAAUUCAAAUGUUCGAAAAUAAAUUAUUACAUCUCUA